UUUUAUUUAAAUGAAUUACUGAUGUGUAACUCUUUGAAACGUUUCUUUAUCUCCUUGAUGAAUGCAUGGAGCAACUCUAUUUUCUUCUAUUUUUUCUAUUCUACAAAGGGGGUUUCAGUUCAUUCUAUCCAUAUUUUUUUAUUUGUUAUUUAAAGUUUUUGCAUUCGUGGAAAUAAGAAGAAGACGGAGCCAACCGUGUGGCUUUAUUUAUCUCACAUAGAUCGGCUUCGAUUGAGAUUAAGGAAAAAAUAAAAAUAAAGACCGUUCUUGC